GGAUUGUGCUGUAGUUUGUCAGCUGUCAUUAGGAGCAGAUGACACAGGAGGUAAUCUGCUGUUUGUGCAUGUCCUUGCUCCAGCAUGUGCCUCUGUCUACAUCGCUGCGUAGCGUGUACAGCGCUGUGACUGCCUGUCUGCCUGGGCUCAACGUUAACCAGCCUAUGUGGGAGGGCUUCUCCUGUUUUUGCUGUGAAACUGAGUCGACAGUAGCCAUGGGUCAGACACUGUUGAUUUAUGGACCCAUGUUUGGUCAAAGGGUUGGUGAUAUUUGCUGAAGAUGAGUAGUGCGGGGGACAACACCCCCGACCCUGCUGCCAGGGGAGAGUCUCUGAAGCGGAAAGAAUGUGGCCCGGAUCUCCUGGGGCCCAGCCCCAAGAGGAGCAUGGAAAAACCAAACCGGGAGCAUGAAAACAAAUACAUUGAAGAACUGGCGGAGUUGAUCUUUGCAAACAUCAAUGACAUUGACAACUUCAAUGUCAAGCCGGACAAAUGUGCAAUCUUGAAAGAAACUGUGAAGCAGAUUCGUCAAAUAAAAGAGCAGGAGAAAACAACUACUACCAAUGCAGAGGAGGUACAGAAAGCACACGUCUCGUCAACAGGCCAAAGUGUUAUUGACAAAGACGCUCUUGGACCAAUGAUGCUCGAGGCGCUGGACGGGUUCUUCUUUGUGGUGAACAUGGAGGGGAACAUUGUGUUUGUGUCGGAGAACGUGACCCAGUACCUGCAGUAUAACCAGGAGGAGCUGAUGAACACCAGCGUCUACAGCGUCCUGCACGUAGGAGACCACGCAGAGUUCAUCAAGAACCUUCUGCCCAAGUCCCUCGUGAACUGCAGAGCACCGCGGUCCAGUGAGAAUCCCAACAGGAAUAGCCACACGUUUAACUGCCGCAUGCUGGUCAACCCCCACGGGCCCUGGGAAGGAGGUGAGCAGGAGCCCCAGGACCAGGAGGUGCAGCAGAAGUAUGAGACCAUGCAGUGUUUCGCCGUGUCCGAGCCAAAGUCCAUCAAAGAGGAGGGAGAAGAUUUCCAGUCUUGCCUGAUAUGCGUAGCACGAAGGGUUCCUGUCAAAGAGAGGCCCAUGCUCCCAACAUACGAGAGCUUUACCACCAGGCAGGAUCUCCAAGGUAAGAUCACGUCGCUGGACACCAGUCUGCUGAGAGCCUCCAUGAAGCCAGGCUGGGAGGACCUGGUCAGGAGAUGUAUCCAAAUGUUCCACCUGCAGAACGACGGGGAGAUGUCAUUUGCCAAAAAGCAUCAGCAAGAAGUCCUGAGACAGGGCCAUGCGUUCAGCCCUCUGUAUCGCUUCUCCCUGUCCGACGGUACCAUUGUGUCGGCUCACACCAAGAGCAAGCUGGUGCGCUCCCCUGCCACCAACGAACCUCAGCUCUACAUGUCCCUCCACAUCCUCCAGAGGGAGCAGACGAUGUGUGGGAUGAACCCAGACAUGUCUGCCAAGGGACAGGGGAUGGGGAAGCAGCCAAUGAACACUGUGUCUUCACUGACUCCUCCCAGUGUGGGUGGGCUGUCCCCAGGGUUGGGGGGACAUGACACAAUGGUUGGCAGCAAUACCAACAUGGCCACCAUGGGUGGACGUUACAGAUGCCAGGGGGCUAUGAACCGUUCUCCCACUCCUCGGGGUAACAGCAACUAUGCACUCAAGAUGGGGAUGAACAGCCCGUCGCAGGGCAGCCCCAGUGUGACCUCUCAGGGGGGUCAAAGUGGCGGUGGUACCAUGGUGUCCCCACGCCACCGCCAGAGCCCCAGUGUGGCGGGUUGCCCCCACGUUCUUCCCACAGGACCCUUCUCCCCAACGGGCAGCCUGCACUCUCCACUAGGGGUGUGUAACAGCACAGGGGUGGGGAACAACCACAGUGUCUACACUGGUAACAGCUCCCUCAACGCCCUUCAGGCCCUCAGCGAAUGCCACGGGGUCUCCCAGCAGGGGCAGUCCAUAGGGUCACCAGACAGGAAGCCAGGCAGCAUGCUGCAGAUGCAGAGUCCCCCUGGUAGUGGUGGAGCUAGCAGCACUAGUAACCCCAACUCCAGCCAGCUGGCCAACCGCAGCAGCUGCACGUCUGAGAGAGAGAUAGAGAUGUUUGGAGCGUACGGGGAGCAGUCCCAGCCAGAUGUGGAGGAUAGGGAGAACGUGGAGCAGAGGAAGUCUAAAGAUGACACCCUCAAGCCUUUUGGAGGAUCAGGAGGAGAGCUAACCGAGGCCCAGAACAAGCUCCUCAACAGUAAGGGCCACACCAAGCUCCUGCAGCUACUCACCAACAAGUCAGAGCACAUGGAGCCCUGCUCGCCCCACGGAGCCCCUGGGGGAGGGGAGCCCAACUGUAAGGAUCCCGGGAUGGGACCAGGUGGCCAGAACAACCACUCCACCACGCUGAAGGAGAAACACAAGAUCCUCCAUAGACUCCUCCAGAACAGCACGUCCCCGGUGGAGCUGGCCAAGCUGACAGCUGAGGCCACGGGGAAGGAGCUGGGUCAGGGCCAGCAGGACCAGGGAGGACCAGACAGUAUGGCUGCCACCAUGGCUGAGAUGGCCACCAAGCAGGAGUCCAUCAGCCCCAAGAAGAAGGACAACGCGCUGCUGCGCUACCUGCUGGACAAGGAUGACAACACCAUGCAGGAGAAAGGCAUCAAGAUGGAGCCCGGGACAGAGAUGAAGCUGGCCAAUGUGAAGACUGAGAAGCACGACCCGGGAUACAACAUGGCAGACCAGUCUAGUGCGCUGGAAGACAUCUUGGAUGAUCUGCAGUGUCGCCAGCAGCAGCAGCUCUUCUCAGGCCAGCACCACCAGCAGCAGUCCAGACCCGUGUCUCUGCCCACCAACGUAGACAAGCAGUCCAUCAUCAACGACAUCCUGCAGAUGACAGAGAACAACAGCAGUCCCACGGGCACCAACACACAGCAGAAGGCCUUCCCAGGCAUAGGCCCAGGACACUCCAAUGGUCCCAGGAUGGGUCAGCUAGGCCAACGGCCCCCUGUCCGCAGUAUGUCCCUGGAUCAGUCCAACAUGUCUGCCCAUGGUUCUCCCCGACCCUUCCCUCCUCCCAGGAACAGCAGCCCCUACUCUGUCAUGCAGCAGCAAGCCAUGAUGGGAAACCACGGAAUGUUGCAGAACCAGUCUAACAUGGGCAACCCAGGCUUGCCCCAGGCUAGCAUGCAGCAGGGUUGGGGUCCUCAGGGGCCAAUGGGCCAUGCUCUGCAGCAGAGAAUGGGGCCUGAUGGUCGCAUGGUGCCCAACUUAUCAGCUGGAGUCCCCAUGAGGCCCAGCAACCAGCAGCCUGGACCCAGACAGAUGGUCCCAAUGCAGAUGAUGGGAAACGUGCAAUCCGAUAUGGAGAUGGCUGGUCCUCCCUACCCAGGACAGCAAGCACUGCCCAAUCAGACAGCCCCGUGGCCUGACCGCAUGAUGUCAGUGGAUCACAGGCCUUAUGGGAACCAGAACCGACAGGCUUACGGUAACUCCCAGGAUGAGGUGCUGUGUUCUCCCUUGCGGCCUGGGGAGGGGCCUUCGGACGGGGAUGCCCUGCUCAGCCAGCUCUAUUCAGUGCUGAAAGACUUUGACGGCCUGGAGGAGAUUGACCGCGCCCUGGGAAUCCCCACUUUGAUUAGUCAGGGCCAGCCAGUGGCGCAGGAGCAGUAUGCCAAUCAGGAGUCACCCAUGAGGAAGCCACCCAUGUAUAGCCAGUACCCCCAUGCUGGUAGCAUGGCACAGGGUAACUACAUGAGUCAGCAGGACCCUGGCUUCCAUGGUAUGCCCGGUCAGAUGGGCCAGCGGAUGGGGUACCCCAUGCUCCGACUCCCUGCCCGACCAGGAGGCCCGGUGCCUGCCCAGCCCAACAACCUGAGGCUGCAGCUGCAGCAUCGACUACAGGGACAGCUGCAGAAUCGUCAGCCAAUGAUGAAUCAGAUGGGUGUGUCCAACAUGAACCUACCUCUCAGACCCAGUGUACCCAACCAGGGAACCCUGAAUGCUCAGAUGUUGGCCCAGAGACAGAGGGAGUACCUGAGUAACAUCCUGCGCCAGCGCCAGCAGCACGUCCACCAGAGAGCCAUGCUGAUGCGGGCCCAGGGCCUCAUCGCCCCCCCCAACAUGGCUUCAGCGGCUGGGGCAGUGGAGCCCUCACAGUCCCCUGGCAUGCCCCCCGGUUCCAUGGUCACCAACCCUCGGAUCCCCCAGGCAAACCCCCAGCAGUUCCCCUACCCGGCCAGCUACGGUACUGGUCUUACGUCUCCGCCACCCUCCACCAGCCCCUUCCCCCCGCUGUCCCCUGGUCUCCCUGGGGCUCAGCAGCUCCUCUCCCCUCUCCACUCCUCCCCAAUCUCGCAUGGCUCCUCCCAGAUGAGUCUAGCUAACCAGCAAGGGAUGAUGGGAAACGUAGGUGGCCAGUUUGGAGCCGUAGUGAAUCCACAAAUGCAGCAACACCGUGCCUUCCAGUUUCCCAGCUCAGGUAUAAACCAGCAGCAGCAGGACGCAGGCUUCACAGGAGCCACCACCCCCCAGAGCCCCCUCAUGUCCCCCCGCAUGAAUCACGCCCAGAGCCCCAUGAUGCAGCAGCAGGCCCAGGCCAACUCCUCCUACCAGCCCUCCUCUGAGCUGAACGGCUGGCCUCAGGGCAACAUGUCAGGAAACAGCAUGUUCACACAACAGUCUCAAGCUCAGCAGUACAUGCCCCAACAGUCUAAUGGUGGAAUGUACAACGGCAUAAACGCAAACCUGAACAUGAACAUACAGGGUGUCCCCAUGGCCUCCAACGGCAGCAUGAACAACAUGAACCAAGGCUCAGCAGGCCAGAUGACCAUGCCUACAGGAAGCCUGUCUUCCAUGGACCCUGAGCAGGUGAAUCAUGAUAAUGCCUUGAGACGAAGGGAUAGCAUCAUUCUAGACCAGUUGGCUGGAAUUGACAUGUUAACACAAGGUGACGCAACUCCAAACUAUUGCUGACCCCGGUCUAUUGUUGGACAACACGGUUUACAAAAGGUCAACACCCAAUGAAAACACUGGCAUCCAACCAAUCAAGGCGCUCCUGCAGUUCUCCAUGAACCAACCAACCGCAUUCACCUUAGUGUGACUUAGGUCCUUCCCAAAUAGGCUACACACAGACACACACACAGACACUUGCACACACACACACGUAUAUAUGUGUAUAUAUAUAUAUAAUGGACUCAUACUCACACAAUAUAGAAGCAAAACUGAUCCUGUCAGCAGGCAUCUGGUCAGAUAAAUGUAUUCAUUUCAGGGGAUAGAACGCAGACUAUGGCUCAACUCUGAAAAUGCUCUCUUUACUCUUUUAGGUAUUUUCUUAAUAACAAUAUUUUCUUUGUCUGAUCGUUUCUUUGUAUGCACAGGUGUGAGACAAAAUUAUAUCACAUGAUUUCAAAAAUUAAAUAAGUGAUAUUAUAAAUGGUUUGAAGAGCAUAAACUAUACAAUGAUUUUGAAUGGUUACAUUGUAAAGCCUGACUAAAGUAGUCACUUGAAAGGUUUAAAAUAAAUGUUUUACAGGUAUUUAUAGUUUUUAAACUUGAGAAACUUUCUUUGUAUGAAACUAUAAAAAGGGGGCAAGUGUUAAGUUUCUUAACAAGUAUCCCUUAAUGGUACCUUAUUGUCUAUUUGAAUUACAUAUUUUAGGUCCUGUAAUUUCAGAUGAAAUUGUCAAAUGAAUCACCCUGCUGCGAUAUGUAUAAAGGUGAAUGUUCAUAGUUUUGUAUAUAUUACAGUAUAGAUUAAUUAAGAUGUUUUUUUUUUCUCUCUAGCCUGGUGUUACGACCACUGAAAUAUGACUUCACAGUCAUACCUUUUGUGUUGGAUUAACUAACGACUGUUUAUCAGGGUUUCAACCAAUUUGCAUAAGGAUUUUUCCUUGCACUUCACCUCAUCACAAUGAAAGGAAUGGACAGACCUACCAACAGGCAUAAGUGAAUACUUUAGGGUGUUCUGACUGUGUUUGAUUUUGUGUGCUGCCCUAUAAAAAAAAAAGCUGGAAGUGUAAAAUGAACAGGUAAUAUGUAUUUUUCAAGCCAUAUUCCUGUACUAUUCCCAUUUUUGUUUAUCGUCUGUAAACACAUAGCAAAUAUGAACUCAUAGAAUUUCUAUUUUUUUUUUUUGUAGAAUGUGAAAAUUCCAAAUUGUCUGCAAACACUGAAAUGACGUUGGGCUCACAUAAUCAUGUGUUUAAAAAUGUGUGGCCAGAAAAUAUCUAUUUUGUAGAUUUGCACUGGUUAUUAUGAUGUCACUCUGACGAUGCAAAGGAUAUUUCUAAUUGUUUGUGAUGGCCAAUUUCUCCCAAUUAAUUAAACAUUUUCCUAAACAAGGCAUUAUUAAAGAGUUGGGCAAAGUUUGAAGAUUAGGAUGCUCUGAUAUAUAUAUAUAUAUUCAAAAAUAACAACUUAUAGAAUGAUGCACUGCUCUCAUUGCAAAUCCAAAGAUGUUAUUACUACCUUUUAAAAUAAACUUAAGCCAUGAAGUGUUACUGUGUUAACAGACUUUAAGCAUGCAUUUUGGCAAUCAUGAUAAGUUUUAAGGAAAGAGAUUGCAUACAAAUAUAACACAAAGUUUGGUUGAAUUGAAUUGCUUUUUUUCUUCAGUUCUGACUGAUCAAGACUUUUCUUUGUUGUAAAAUGUAUUAUUAAUUUAUAGUUUGUUAUUUUAUCAAUUGGUAAAUAUUACAUUCAAGUACCUUAACAUGCUAAAGACCUAGCAUAAUGCCUUAGAUCUGUUUUUCUGUCAUGUGUAUUGCUGUGAAGUUGAAAGUUGUAUCAUAUAUGUAUAGUGAAGUGACAAUACUGAAGAGUGCAUUGUUACUCAGUGGCCGUAUCUGAAGUGGCACCAUAUUAACUAUAUAUAGUGCACUACUUUUGAGCAGGGCCUCUAGGGCACUAUAUAGGGAAUAGGGUGCAAUUUCAGACGCAGACUUGUGCUAUGGUUAGACUACUACACCCCUGUUUUUUUUUUCAGAUUUUUCUUUCCCCCACAUUUUAUUUGUGAUCAGUGGGUUUUAUUAUUAUUAUUUGUACAAUUGUUUCAUAUUUUGACUAAGAUGAGUAUGUAAACAAUGGUAAAUCAAAGCAAUAUUGUAAAACAUGAGUUUUUGUGUAGAAAGCUCAGUGUUGCAGUUCAGAGAUGUUUUUCGAGGUGUGAUGUUCAUAUUAAAUAUCACUGUUCACCUGCAUCAAUGUUUAUCCAGAGGGGGAGCAUUUAUGUAAAAAGUUUUAUUUACACCUUAUGCAAGCUGUUGACUAAUAUUGCUUUUGCCAAUGCCGCUUGCUAAUUUAUGAUUUAUGCAUUGUAAAUAAAUUAUUUUUUAUUGUUGA